UCCAGUCUUGUUCCCUUUAUUAUGCGCGUCUCUGUUUCUGAGCUUAAUACACCACACCACACCAUUCUUCAACUUCAACUACAUUACAUGUUCUCUCUGUCUUUCCGAUUCUCUUUCUGAGAUCCAAAAGCCUUACUUUUUCUCCCUCUCAAUUCUCCUUCUAAUCUCUAGAAUCCGCUUCUUCAAUUCCCAGUUUUCUCCACACCAAAAAACGAAUCUUAUUCGGCUCUAAAAUCCUCACCAUCUCAUUUUUUUUUCUCUGUCUCUGUUUUUUAUUUUUUAUUCGUUCCCUUUAGCCCUGUUAGUGAUCAUCGCCACAAGAUUAGUUUUUCCGCUGAUUCUCAGCUUAAUUGAUUAGAAUAACUCGUUUUCCAGCGUGAUCUGUAACUGGGGCAUUUACAGCUACAUUUUUGGUACUUCCGCCAAAUUGUCUAUGUUGUUCUUGUUUCCUCUUCCGAAUUCUCCGUCUCUUAUACAAUACAGUGCUAUGUAGUGUAGUUUACGUUCCUUUGUUACAAUCGCGGGUGUUAUUUUAGCCGCCAAAAUUUACUGGGUCUGUCUUCUUAUUGUUGAGCUCUGAAGGUCUUUAUUUUCUUUUUUUACUCCUUAAUUUAUCCAUUUUUCUUUUUUGCACUUCUUUUAUUAUUGCGGUUGAGGGGGUUGUUGGAUCAUUGACGAGUUUUAUGCUUAAAUUUCAAGAUGCCGCAUGAUCAGAGAAAAAAGUCGUCUGUAGAUAUAGACUUCUUUACAGAAUACGGCGAAGGGAGUAGAUACAAAAUAGAGGAAGUAAUAGGUAAAGGAAGCUAUGGUGUUGUUUGCUCUGCAUAUGAUACACACACUGGAGAAAAGGUUGCAAUAAAGAAAAUCAAUGACAUAUUUGAACAUGUUUCUGAUGCCACUCGCAUUCUUCGUGAGAUCAAGCUUCUUAGACUCUUACACCAUCCUGAUAUUGUGGAGAUCAAGCAUAUUUUGUUACCUCCUUCUAGAAGGGAAUUCAAAGAUAUAUAUGUUGUUUUUGAGCUUAUGGAAUCUGAUUUACAUCAGGUCAUCAAAGCAAAUGAUGAUUUGACUCCAGAGCAUUAUCAGUUUUUUCUCUAUCAGCUUCUUCGAGGCUUGAAGUAUAUACACACAGCAAAUGUAUUUCACCGAGAUCUAAAGCCAAAAAAUAUUUUAGCAAAUGCUGACUGCAAACUGAAGAUUUGUGACUUCGGUCUUGCCAGAGUGGCUUUCAAUGAUACGCCAACUGCUAUAUUUUGGACAGAUUACGUUGCAACAAGGUGGUAUAGAGCUCCUGAAUUGUGUGGAUCCUUUUUCUCCAAGUAUACCCCAGCUAUAGACAUAUGGAGCAUUGGCUGCAUUUUCGCAGAACUUUUAACUGGAAAACCUCUUUUCCCAGGGAAGAAUGUUGUCCAUCAAUUGGACCUCAUGACUGAUUUUCUUGGAACACCAUCUCCUGAAGCCAUUGCUAGGGUACGGAAUGAGAAAGCUCGGAGAUACUUGUGUUGCAUGCGUAAGAAGAAGCCAGUUCCUUUCUCCCAAAAGUUUCCUAAUGUAGACCCCCUUGCUCUUCGUGUGUUAGAAAGAAUGCUGGCAUUUGAACCUAAGGAUCGACCUACUGCUGAAGAGGCUCUAGCAUAUCCAUAUUUUAAAGGCUUGGCCAAGGUUGAGAGAGAACCUUCUGCUCAGCCAGUUACCAAGAUGGAAUUUGAAUUCGAGAGACGUAGGAUAACAAAGGAAGAUGUGCGAGAGCUUAUAUACCGAGAGAUUCUGGAGUACCAUCCAAAGAUGUUAAAAGAACAUCUAGAGGGAGAAGAGCCAACAGGAUUCAUGUAUCCAAGUGCUGUGGACCACUUCAAGAAACAAUUUGCAUAUCUUGAGGAGCAUUAUGGAAAAGCUGGAACUGUUACUCCACCCGAGAGGCAACACGCAUCAUUACCUAGGCCAUGUGUGUUGUAUUCUGAUAACUCAAGACAAAAUAUGGCUGAGGUUGCAGAUGAUAUCUCCAAGUGUAUCAUCAAAGAAGUUGAGAAGCCAGCCAUGGACAGGACUGGUGGUAUCCCAAUGACCAGGCUUCCUUUACAAGCUCCUCAAAAUAUUCAAGGUGUGAUGACUGAUCGUAUUGCUUCAGGUGUUGCUGCGCGGCCCGGAAAAGUUGUAGGUUCAAUAUUGCAUUACAACAACUGUGGGGCAGCAGUUACAGCUGAUGCUGAGCAGCGGAGGAUGGGUAGAAAUCCAUCUGUUUCAGCCCAGUAUGCUGCUCCAAGCAGUUCAUAUCCAAGACGAAACCCAAGCUGUAAAAGUGAGAGGGCAGAAGAAGUGAUCGAAGGUGCUAAUGGACUUCAGACUAAGCCUCAACACAUAACACAAAAAGUUGCUGCUGCUGCUCUAGGGGGACCUGGUGGUAAUUGGUAUUGAUUUUGGAAAUGUUGAAUUUGUGUCCUGCAACUGCUUUGUGUCAGCAUAUCAGGUUUCUUGGCCUACACGGAACGCAGAUCAAUCAUCUGAAUUGAAUAAAGAUAUGAGAGGCCAUAGCAUCGACAAUAUCGAAGGAUGAGAGAGCUAAAGGGAUUAGAAUACAAGGAAGUCUCUAGCUGAUUUUUUAUUAGAUCUUGCAAUUCGGUCCACCAAUUUGAAGUUUGGAAGGUUCGACAUGGUGCAAUUAUGAUUUUCUUGCUGUCUAGUUCGUUAAAAACAGAGAAUGAAAGAUCUGAAAAGCAUGAAAUGAAGAUGGCAGUGCAGCUGCUGCUACAUAUUUGUUCUAUUCUCUUGCUGAAUAUAAUUGCCUAGCCUUCUUAUUUUGGGCACCAUCCAUAACAAUGAUAUUGUAGUUUUAUAACCUAGUGGCUUGUAGUCAAAUAAUCAGUUCUUUUUCUGUAACGUCUCUCUCUCUGAAGAUUAUUUAGAAACGGGAUUUGGUCUUAAAAAUAGUUAAGGAAUCAAUAAAUAGAAAGUUUUUAUUAGAAA